GCUAGAAGCAAUUAGGAAAUUGGAAAAUUUAAAAUUUGUUGAUUCUGCAGGGAAAGAAAAAUCGGUGCCCUUAGUAAAAAACUUUAUUAUAACUUUAAAAAGAUAUAUGAAGCUGUGGUAAAUUUAACAUGGUCAAGAUAUUAAAGUAAUGCGGCCCAGAUACUCAGAAAACCGAAGAAACCGAGUCACUACAGUGAACUCUUGGUGACUUUUAGUAACACUAAUGUUCACGCCAUCCUGAUUUCUGAAAGCUGGCUUAAACCAGAUCUCUUGUCCACCUCGUACUCUCUUCCUGGCUUCGUACUUAUUCGGAAUGAUCGGCUUGGGAGAAGAGGGGGUGGCGUGGCAAUUUACCUCCGAUCAGACUUUCCUUAUAGGAUUUUGGCUUGCUCUUCUGGUCCUCUGGCAAGUGCUGAAUAUCUCUUUCUAGAGGUUUCGGUAAAGGGAGCCAAAGCUGUCGUUGGUGUUGUCUACUGUCCCCCUUCCGUCGACUACUUCACUGAUUUCGAAUCGGUUUUAGAAUCGCUGGGUUCAGAGUAUGCACAUUACAUUAUCAUGGGCGAUUUUAACACAAAUCUCCUUGCUCCUAACUCUCCUCGAACCCGUAAACUCCUGCACCUUCUACAGUCAUCCAGCUUAAUUAUACUGCCUCUUCAGGCUACUCAUCGAUCCACAAUCGGUGAUGAUUCUUGGCUGGAUUUAAUGAUCAUUUCCAACCCAUCCCUCAUUUCCUCUCACGGUCAAAUUGUUGCUCCUGGCUUUUCUCAUCACGACCUCAUUUUCCUUUCCUAUGUCCUUAAACCUCCUAAGCCCAAGACUAAGGUUUUGCAUAGGCGGAGUUUCGCACGCAUGGAUGUAGAUCGGUUGCUUGAGGACGCCUUUAAUAUUGAUUGGACACCUUUGAUGACAGCUGAUUCCAUAGAUGACAAAGUCACUAUUUUUAACAACUCAGUGAACAAGCUGUACGAUGUCCAUGCACCAAUUAAAAAGGUAAGGAUAAAACGGCCACCAGCUCCGUGGAUGACCAGUCUUAUCAAGAUUGCCAUGCGUAAGAGGGACCGGGCGUUUCGCAAGUUCAAGAGGGAACGCACGGAUGAAAACUGGGUUCUGUAUAAGGCUGCUAGGAAUCGGUGUAAUCUGAUGAUACGCAACGCUAAACGCCGCCAUAUACUUAGCAAUGUCUCAUCAUCGACUUCUGCUGAUAUCUGGAAGUUCCUAAGGACUCUGGGUAUUGGCAAAUCGCGACAUUUAGACCUACCUAGUUCUAUAACUUUAGAUGCUUUAAACAAUCAAUUCAGCACAUCUUCCCAUUUGGAUAAUUUAACCAAACAGGACACUCUCAACUUUAUAUCAAGUCUAACGCGUCCUGAUAUUAAUCCUUUUAAGUUUCAGCCAGUCGAUGAGGGAGAGAUCAGAAGAAUUAUCCUAUCCAUUAAGUCUAAAGCGAUGGGAUGUGAUAACAUCAGUCGCCAAAUGAUUAUUUCCAUCCUUGUCCCGAUCCUUCCUGUUAUCACCUAUAUCGUCAACUAUUCCCUCUACUCUGGAACUUUCCCGUUGCUUUGGCGUAAAGCGUUCGUACGUCCUCUUCCCAAAAUUUCCAGCCCCACUCUCCCCAGUCAUUUCCGUCCAAUCUCCAUUCUUCCCUUCCUGUCCAAAGUGCUUGAGGCUUGUGCUCAUAAACAAUUUGCGCGUUUUAUUUAUGCAAAUAAACUCAUUAGCCCGCUACAAUCUGGGUUUAGGCCAGGCCACAGCACUUCCUCUGCCCUCCUUAAAGUGACUGGCGAUAUUAGGCGGGCUACGGAAGAUGCUAACCUAACAGUGCUGGUUCUAGUCGACUUUUCGAAUGCGUUCAAUACCGUCAGUCAGUCACGAUAUCUUACUAUCCAUCCUAUCCUAUUCGAUGGUCUCUUCUGAAGCUCUAGAUUGGUUUUCUUCUUAUCUUCGGGAUCGCCAGCAGUCUGUUCGGGUGGAUGAAGGCUCAUCAAGUUGGUGUACAUUGAAUGUUGGCGUUCCACAAGGCGGCAUACUCUCACCUCUUCUAUUCUCGAUAUUUAUAAAUCUACUCACUCUCGAGCUUCAGUGUUCGUAUCAUCUCUAUGCCGACGACUUGCAGCUUUAUCGACACACCAAGGCCAUUGACUUGACUGAUACUAUUGACAAAAUUAAUGCUGAUUUAGAAGUGGUGAAGACUUGGUCUGAUAGGUUUGGGGUGGUGGUUAACCCUACCAAGUGUCAAGCCAUCAUUAUUGGGGGUUCGAGAGCUAUGAGCAAAGUUGAUGGUCUUGGUUUACCAACGUUAGUGUUUAACGGGGUUAACAUUCCUUACAGCUGCACUGUGAAAAAUCUUGGCCUACACCUUGACUCCACGCUGAAUUGGCAAUCACAGGUUGCAGCUGUCAGUCAGAAAGUGACCAGCACGCUGCGGUUCCUCUAUCGCUUGAAAAAUUUUCUCCCAGUUAACGUGAAGGCGACGCUUAUGCAAACUUUAAUCUUUCCCAUAAUCGACUAUGGUUAUGUUUGCUACUAUGACCUGAAUGCAGAUCUGCUCAAUAAACUUGACCGGCUUCUCAACAAUUGCAUUCGAUUCGUUUUUAAUCUCCGCAAGUACGAUCAUGUGUCAGCCUAUCGAGCGCAACUUAAAUGGCUACCGAUAAGACAACGUCGUGUGAUGAGGGCAUUAACUACUCUUUUCUCUAUUCUACACUCUCCCUGUACGCCUUCUUAUUUAACUCCUCACUUCCAAUAUAUAUGUUCUCAACAUAGCAAAAAUCUCCACUCCUCUAAUAAUCGUCUUCUUCACUGCCCUGCUCACCGGUCAGAUAUCAUUCACUCUUCCUUUUUUGUUAAAUCUAUUCUUCUCUGGAAUGAGCUACCUCUGGAAGUCAGGAUGGUUAACAGUCGUUAUACAUUCAAAAAGAAAUUACGCGACCACAUCCAUAGGAAAUUGGCAGAAUCGCUACCGUAGAUUGUUUUUUUUUUUAUCUAUUUCUUUAUCUCUCCUGGCAAUUAUAAUAUGUAUGUAUGUAUGUAUAUUAUGUAUUAUUAUCUAUAUAUAUAUUGUAUACUUUUAAACUAACUAUCCAAACCAAAACCUUGCACCUACCACUGCUAUUUCUCCACCACCUAAAGGUAGACUGGGAGAAAACGCCUAAGGCGUUAAGUCCGCCAUUGUACGAAAUGUGCACGAAGUAUAAAUAAAUAAAUAAAACCAGCGCCGCGACUCUGUUUCGGAUAGGGUCGCUGCAUAUGCUGAGCGAGGGCCAUUUCGCGUGAUUGUGACGCAUAUUUACCUUUCACCAUAUUCUUCU